AUGAGCGACGACGAAUUAAUUGAUUACCGUGAAGAUUUACAAACAGUUAAAAAGUCGCAGACUAAACUUAAGUCAUCUGCGCAAUUUAAAGAUUUUUUACUUCGUGAUGAACUUAUGGAAUCAAUAAAAGAUGCUGCUUUUGAGCACCCUAGUGAAGUUCAACAAAUGGCCAUUCCUAAAGCUAUUUUAGGUCAAGAUUUAUUAUGUCAAGCCAAAAGUGGUACAGGAAAGACAGCGGUUUUUGUUCUAUCUACUUUGCAACAGCUUAAAGUAGUUGAUAAAGAAACUGUUAUUAUUGUGAUGGUACACACAAAAGAAAUGGCUGAACAGGUAAAACAAGAAUAUCUGAGAUUUAGUAAGAAGAUGGAUAAUGUGUCUGUAGGUGCGGUUUAUGGUGGUAAUGAUAUUGAAGAAGAUAUUAAAUUACUUGGUACAUGUUCACCCUCUGUUCUUAUUGGUACACCUGGUAGAUUAGCAGAAAUUGUUAAACGUAGGGCUCUUAACUUAAAACACGUUAAAUUUUUUGUUAUGGACGAAUGUGAUAAAAUGAUAGGUGAUAUUGAUAUGAGAUGUGAUACACAAGAAGUAUUUAUUAAUACGCCACGCAACAAACAGACAUUAAUGUUUACUGCCACUUUGAAUAAAUACACCACUGAUGAAUGUCUUAGAUUUUUAGAUAAUCCUUUUAUCGUUAGAGUAGACGAUGAAUCUAAACUAACACUUUAUGGAUUAAAACAGUCGUAUGUAGAAGUGGAACAGAGUAAUAAGUUAAACAAAUUAGUUAGUGUACUUAACUCUACUACUUAUAAUCAAGCAAUGAUUUUUACUGCUGCUAAACUUCUUCCUACAAAAAUAUGCAACUUUUUAAAAGAGAAAGGGCUAGUGGCCGGUGAUUUACAUGCAGGACUGAAAUCUGAUGAAAGAAAAGAAAGGUUGUUAAGUUUUAAAAAAUACGAAUAUAGGAUUAUGGUUACUACAGAUUUGAUGUCUAGAGGGAUAGAUGUACAAGAUGUAAAUUUUGUAAUUAAUUUUGAUAUGCCUGAUUCGCCGGAAACAUAUCUACACAGAGUGGGACGUGCAGGUAGAUUUGAGACAGAAGGACAAGCUGUGUCAUUUAUAUGUAAUGAAGAAGAUAGGAUUAAGUUAAAUGAAAUACAAAGCAGGUUUGAGAUAGCGAUAAGUAAAAUUGAAUAA